AUGGCUGCAUCUAGAGAGUUUAUCAUCUGUUGCUUCAUAACAUUCCUCUUAUGCACUUUCCUCAUGAGAGUCGAAUCUGGUUCUGCUGACGUCAGCAAAGGAGGAUGUGGUGGCGGUGGCGGCGAGGGCAGUUUCCGGGACGAUAAUGAGCGGUGUGUAGAGGAGGUCAAAGAUGACAACGACGACGAUGACGUGGAUGACGUUUACAAAGUGAUUAAUAAGAUGAGGAUAUAUGCUUGA